CAAGCUCAACGAUUUCAAGUUCACCCCAACACUAGCAAUCUCUCCAAAAGGAAAAACAGAGAAGGAAACCCUAGUUUGGCGAAUCGGCCUCUACGAUCCGAGAAAGCCAAAUCACUCGCUAAAUCCAACCGCCGAUCUGUCGUUUAGCCCUGAUGUCAAGCGCUUGGACAAAUAUGAGCUUUGGAAUCAUACAUACGGAUGUAUAUGGGGAGUGGGACAAAUCAGGGUGGAGUUAUGGGUUUUUAUAUAUAAUUGGAGAUUCUUGCUCACUCUCAGAAGAUCAAUUCGUCUGCAAAAAUUUUAGACAGGAUGAGUAGAUCAAAUUUUAGUUCAAAUAAAUUAUAGCUUUGGAGCAUCUUGGAGCAUAUGAGCAAUGGAGUUUGUGGAGCACCGCUCACCUCGAGGAUUGCUCUCUUGGUUUGCUUCAUAGUUUUUGUUUUGAAUUAAUUAUGUUAUUGUUAAAUUGGGUACUUGAUGUUGGUGAAUCUAUGAAAUUAUUCGGUAAUUUUUUUCUCAUCCUUCACAAACAUCUAAAAUUUGUUUUUUCAAAUAUGUAUGAUGCCCUCAUCCAAAAAUACAUGUGACGUUCUAACUUCUCUAUGCAGGAUUGCAGUGAAACGUGUUUACGAAGUCUUCAGUCCGAAACCAGAAAUGAGUGGCCGUUUUUCUCGCACAAUCUACGUUGGAAACCUUCCCUCGGACACAAGAGAAUGGGAAGUUGAAGAUUUAUUCUACAAGUACAGGUGUAUAUUGGAUAUUGAGUUGAAGAUUCCUACUUGCCCUCCUUGUUAUUGUUUUGUGGAGUUUGAUAAUGUUCGGGAUGCAGAAGACACAAUCAGGGGUCGAGAUGGCUAUAACUUUGAUGGAUGUCGAUUGAGGGUUGAGCUUGCUCAUGGUGGCAGAGGGCAAUCCUCUUCAAGUGAUCGCCACGGUGGUUAUUAUGGGGGAGGAGGCGGCAGCGGGGGGCGUUUUGGCAUUUCUUGCCAUUCUGAAUAUCGAGUCAUUGUUCGUGGGCUUCCAUCAUCUGCUUCAUGGCAAGAUUUGAAGGAUCACAUGCGAAAAGCUGGCGAUAUGUGUUUUGCUGAAGUUUCGCGAGACAGUGAGGGUACCUUUGGCCUGGUUGAUUAUACAAAUUAUGAAGACAUGAAAUAUGCUAUUCGGAAACUUGAUGAUACUGAGUUUAGAAAUCCUUGGACAAGAACUUAUAUGCGGGUAAGGAGAUUCGAUGCCAGUCCAUCAAGGAGCCGAAGUAGAAGCAGAAGCCCAAGGAAGAAUAUAACCAGAUCACCUGAACAAUCUGUUUCCAGAUCUGCAUCUCCUGUCAAAUUGUCCGGGCCUAGAUCUUGGUCAAGGUCAGCAUCUCCCCACCAGGUGCGCUCAAGCAGUCCCUGAUUCCAUCGGCCCUGGGUUGACUUCUUGUACCCUGCUUGGAGGGGAUAGUUAUGAGAGGAUGCUAGCUGUGAAUCUGUGUGUGAACUGGAAUUGUCAUUUAAAGCAGAAAUUUUAGAACUUAGCAUUGCUACAUUAUAUCCAUCAUGGUUGUGAUGUUAUACCUUGGAUGAUAUCUACCCUCUCAAGGCUUUGGUACGAUAGAUUUCCAUAUUUCAUUCUAAACCUGUCCACAUAUACUACUGCAGUUUUGGCUUUGGAGUCACUUUGGUUAG